ACAAUGCCGCUCUUUACGAAGAAAUAUGAAUCAAAGCCAAUACCGCCACGCUCGGCACGUUGUAAUACCGGUUGUCCUGCUAUUAGUGAGGAUUUAGAUGAAUUCAAAAGUAUUUCACUUAAUUUGGGUAGCAAAGAGUUGCGUUUUGCUGACGGAAUAUGGAUACAUUCUACUCGCAAAACAGAUACCGAUGACGUAACACGUUUGAAUCGACGCAUAAAAACGCUUGAAGAGGAGAAUAAUAUGUGCAAUUUAAAAAUGGAAAUUUUUUUAGACCUAUUAGCUGAACAAACUACGGAGCUGAACAUUUUUAAAUCUAAAAAUAUAUAAAGAAACAAUAUAGACAUAAAAUGUAAUAAAUAUCCUAAGAUUCAACAAAUGUA